AUGUAUGCCAUCGCGCUAACACUGGCCGUGGUGGGAUACUUCAUCGUGAUCCCCAUCAUCAACUACUUCCAUGAUCCCAAGGGCCUCAGGAAAUAUCCCAACUACUGGUGGAUCUCUGGCAUCUCAGAUCUACCCUUUAUCUACGAAGCACACAAAGGCUUCCGCUCGCGCAAUCUGUUUGAAGCCCACAAAAAGCAUCCCGUCAUCCGAGUCGGUCCCAACUCGCUGUCCUACUCCGACCCCAGCGCCAUCAAGGAUAUCUACGGCCACGGCACCACCUGCAUCAAGGAUCGUUUCUAUUCCGAGACGGGAGGCUCCCAUUCCCAUCUGGCCGAUGUGGUAAACAAGCAGGAACACGCCCGCAAGAGAAAGGUGCUCUCCAGCGCCUAUGCAGUCAAGAACCUGGAAGAGUGGGAGUUCAAGGUGGCAGCCGUCAGUGGAAAACUCAUCAAGGCGUUCGACCAGCGGUGCACCGAUCCCCUGCCUCCAAACCAGAAUCCAAAGCAGGAAGACCUCACCGUCGACUAUCGCAACUGGAUGGUGCUGUGGACGGCAGCUGCGAUCGCGAAUAUCGGACUCAGUGAAGAUCUCGGGUUCCUGGAGGAGGGAACCGACACCAUCAAGAGUGAAGCAAAGGACGGCACAAUCAAAAAGGUCUCCUUCCGGGACUGCCACACGGCGACACAGCUUGCCUCCUUCCAGCUGGUCUGGGCUUACGACUGGUACAAGACGUUGCGCCGGUUGAGCAAAGUGUUCUCGUCCACCUACCGGCGUCUGUGGAAGUUGGAUGAGGACUGGAGUGGUAUUGUGUACAACCGUGCGACGACACGGCUCAAGCGAUACAUGGAGGGCGAGAAGCUGGACGACUUCUUUACCGCCAUGAUGGAGGACAAGAACGGAUCACCGCACAAUCUGGAAAUGGGCGAGAUUGUGGCCGAGAUCAGCAUUAUGAUGAAUGCCGGACACGACACCACCGCCAUCUCACUGCGAAAUGUCCUGUUUUUCCUGCUGAGCAAUCCGAAGUGCCUGGCCAAGCUUCGGAAUGAGCUGGAUGAAGUUCUGGACGAAGACGAGGUCGUGGCACCAUACAGCAAAGUCAAGCAUCUGCCAUAUCUGCGGGCCUGCAUCGAUGAGAGUCUUCGAAUGCUGCCGCCCAUUGUCUUUGGUCUGCCUCGUCGAACCCCGAUAGAGGGAACAUCCAUCCUCGAUGAAUAUGUCGCCGGAGACACAUCGGUCAGCAUUUCAUCUUAUGUGAUGCACCACCAAGAGUCGGUGUUCAAGGAUCACAACACCUACAAGCCCGAGAGAUGGCUGGGAGACGGGGGCAAAGCUCUGCAGCCAUUUUUCAUUCCGUUCAGCACUGGAGCGCGAGGCUGCAUUGGCCGCAAUAUCAGCUAUCUCGAACAAACCGUCCUCGUAGCCUCUCUGGUCCACCGGUAUGAGUUUGCCUUGCCACAUCCUGGCUGGAAUCCUCCCAUCCGGGAGGGAUCAAAUCUGAAUCCGGGUCCGAUGCCACUGAAGAUCUGGAGGAGGGAGACUGCCUAG